UAUAAACAAAUGCUACGAUGUAACUUGUUUUCAUCUUCUUCUACAAUAAUACAACACGAUACUUCUCUCCAUUUUUGCUACUGUCAAAGCUUUUUCUUCAAUAUAAAUGAUAUUUGAUCAUGGUAUCAGAGCCAGAUGUACUGAUAUCUUGAUUAUCUGCAAUCAUCUUCUUCAAUCCUUCGAUUUCCUGCAAAUUAUUGGAUCGUUCUUCAUUCAAUUAUAUGGAUCGACGAUCUAGCACACAACUUUCUCAUCAGAAGGACGCCAGAAGAAGAAGCAGAAGUACUCGACACAUAUAGCUCAUGAACUCUGAUAAUCCUAACUCUAACCUGGUGAGUGUUCUACUUACUGGAAACAACUACUUGUCAUGAAGUAGAUCCAUGUUAAUUGCAUUAAGAGCCAAAGAUAAAUUAGGUUUAUCAAUAGCACAUGCCAUAGAUUGCAUCUGAUUCAUCAUUGUAUGAGAAAUGGUUAACAGUGGAUAGUAUGGUUAUAUCUUGGAUAUUGAACUCAAUUUCCAAGGAUAUUGUUGAAGCUUUCUUGUACACAAAUAGCGCACAAGAAUUAUGGAAAAAUCUAUCUCAAGUUUUGGAGAGAGUAAUGGACCCCUGCUCUAUCAAAUCAAACAAGAGAUCUCAGGUUUAACACAAGGAAAUCUCUCUACUAUGGUGUAUUUUACAAGGCUUAAGAAGUUGUGGGAUGAAUUGCAGUGUCUGAAACCCUUACCUAAUUGUAAAUGUGGAGCAUCUAAGGCCAUGGCAGAAGUAGAAAAUGAAGACAGACUAAUUCAGUUCUUAAUGGGGUUAAAUUAAAGUUAUGAUAAUGUGAAGAAUCAAAUCCUGAUUAUGGAGCCACUACCUAGUGUGAGUCGUGCUUAUUCAAUGUACAAAAACCUUCUAGAGCAGCAUUUCAAUAAAGUAAAUUCAAAGAACAUAUAAGAAAGAUGUGAAAGUCAUUCAAUAAGAAGAGAGAAGAAAGGUUUUAUGACUACUGCAGAGUAGGGGGUCAUUCAAAGGAGAGUUGCUUUAAAUUGCAUGGGUAUCUUGAGUGGUUUUAUGAACUCAAAUAAUUCCAAAUCAUGGUCCUUGCGGAUCGGAUCAUCCAUAUAUAUACAAAAAGAAACACAAGAAUGCAAGAGCUAAUUGUCACGGGCCUAGAGUCUCGCGCAACACUGCGCCCGUGCGGCGCCCCGGGAGCCCUCCCGCUUGACUCCAAGGCAAGCCUUGCCAUACCGUACCACACUGGUUUCGACCUGCCAUGGGCUCAUCAGGAGAGCGGCCCAGCUCUCGACCAGUUGUCCCUGUGGCACAAUACCCCGCCUGCAUGCAGGCUUUGCAUGGGGUAAGGACCACUAGGGCAUAACAACGCCUAAUCCGCUAAGCCGCCCCAAUCCACGCAGGUUGAAACGCAGCUAAGUACGCUCUUCACAUGCGGCCUAACACGGUCACGGAAUUUGUCCGUGACGUAAUGCUAGCAUGAGUUCAACAACUGUAGAAACACCAAUAACAGACACAAGUUUUCCCCAAGACACAUACAAUAAUCUCAAUGACAACAUAACUAAGUUGAUUCAGCAGGAGGUGAUGAAGGCAAUUAAAGGGAAAGGCAUUCAAGAGGAUAAACACAAUCGUGAUACUUCUAUGGUCAAUAUAAGCUUUGAUUUGCAGACUGAUGUUGUCAUUGCCAUUGGAAAAGUUGAAAGCAACCUAUACCAUCUAAAUUCUACCUCUUUUCUUAGAAAUGUAACAAAUAAUGCAUGCUUCUCUUCAAAUAUUGCAAACUUAGCAAAUAAUACCUGUCAGAACCACAAGAAUCAUGUCAGUUUGUUAUGGCAUAUUAGAUUGAAAUACCUUUCUGAACAGAAACUUAAACAUGUACCUCAUUUACCCGGUUAUGAUGCAAAAUCAUUUGAUUGCUUUGUAUGUCCCUUGUCCAAACAACAAACACAACCUUUUUACCCUAGCACAAGUCGUGCUGAUAAUUCCUUUGAUUUAGUUCACAUGGAUUUAUGGGGACCAUAUAUAUUAUAACUUCUUCGAAUGGAGCUAGAUACAUGGUUACCAUAGUAGAGGAUAAAAGCAGAUACACGCGCCCCUAACCAAAAUUUUUUUAAAGAGAAUCAGCCCAUAAAAUUUUGAAAUUGUUUUAUUUUAUUCUUUAAAAUAGUAAAUUUUUUUAAUUUCUCCUUUCUUAACUCUUGAAAUUUCUUUUAGCCUCCUAAGUUUAAUUCCUAACUCCUUUGCUGAAUA